AUGGCCCGCAGAACACAUAAAAAGUCUCGAAAUGGCUGCAUUGAAUGCAAGCGCCGCCACAUGAAGUGUGACGAGAAACGACCCAUAUGUUCCAACUGUAUCAGUUCACAACGACACUGCGAGUUCCUAGAGCCUGUGCCUUAUGCAAAGGCAACUAGCAGCAUUGGUAGCGACACUGCAACUCCAUCGUCCGCUGUUGGUUCACCGGCCGUGACAUCUUCGCCCGCCCAAGAACCCACCAAUAGUCCUGAGGAUGCCCCCGUUAACAUGCUCCAUGUCGAGCUUGCUCACAAUCUUUCUUCGGAUGCUAUGGAAGUAUUCAGUGGUCAGAAAAACUUUUCUAGUAUCUCAUUCCAGGACAUCUUGCGGCAUGGGCUCGGUGCGCCCUAUCUCAUGAACGAGCUUCUAUCUCUGAGUGCUUUGCAUCUUAGCAUCACCAGACCAGAACAGCGGUCUUUCUACCGACACCAUUCUACUCAGUUGCAGAGUUAUGCCCUGAGCUCCUUCAACAACUCAUCAUCACAAAUAAAUGACGAAAAUUAUGUCUCAAUUUUUCUAUUCGCUGGUAUUCUGGGGCUGCACAUGCUCUGCGAGACCCUAGUUUAUCGAGACAGUAACAUCGAGAGCUUUCUUGACCAGUUCGUUCAGUACACUAUAUUGCAUCAUGGGGUACGCACUGUCGUAAGCGGGGGGAGAUGGCAGCUUUUGCAACAAACAACAUUAAAGCCACUCUUGGCGCUUGGAGAAAGGAUACCUUCGGCAGAUGCAGGUCUGGGACCAGUUUGCCAGGUGCUUUUGGAUCGGAUUAAAAGUCUUGAUCACGACGAUACUACUACAAGGACAUACCAACAGGCUAUCCAGGCCUUGCAAUCAGUCAUCACUGUGAUGGACAGUCAAAAUCUAGGGGAAACCAGCUUAGAUAUUCUCAUUGCAUGGCCGGUGCUUGUUCCUCGCGAAUACAUUGAUCUGAUCUCGCAGAGGAAGGGCGAGGCUUUGGCUAUCUUGGCACAUUUUGGUGCUCUGGUUGAUACCCACAAACAUUCGUGGAUAUUCUGCGAUGGUGGCAAGUAUCUAGUUGAUUCAAUCAGUCAGUAUCUUGGGCCAGCAUGGGAAGAAUGGCUCCAUUGGCCACGACAAUCACUCAUGGUGGCAAAUUCUAUACAACAGCAAUGA